AUGUCUUCUUGUAAGAAGAGUUAUGAGGAUGCUGUGUGUAAACUGAACUUGUUGCAAUCGAACAAGGCCAGUAUAGAUCAGAUCAGGAAGGACAUAAGGACCGGUCAAAGAUGUACAAAUUUACCCGACAUGCAGAAUUAUUUAUCAAGAACUGGUGUGAGUUUGACGAAGUUGGAUAAAUUAUCUGUGAUACACGUUGCGGGCACGAAGGGAAAGGGUUCAACAAGCGCAAUGUGCGAGUCAAUAUUACGUCACCAUGGGUUCCGCACAGGGUUCUAUUCGUCGCCGCACCUGGUUGCGGUGCGCGAGCGCAUCCGCCUCGACGGCAGAGUUAUAUCUGAGGAAAAGUUCGCCGCGUACUUUCAUCAAGUGUACGACUUGUUGGAGAGUAGUAAGGCACACCCAGAUGACAUGCCGAAGUACUUUGCGUUCCUAACAGUGAUGGCGUUCAACGUUUUCCUCAAGGAAAAAGUCGACGUGGCCCUGGUGGAAGUUGGCAUCGGGGGAAUUGUCGAUUACACUAAUAUAUUAAGAAAAGUUCCUGUCGUAGGUAUAACAGCUUUAGGGUUGGACCAUACAAGUAUACUUGGUAGCACGCUACCGGAGAUCGCGGCGGCUAAGGCGGGGAUCAUGAAACUCGGCUGUGAAGCGUACACCGUGUCACAGCCUAAUGAGGCUAUGGAUGUUCUGAGGAACGUCGCCAGCAGUGUGAAGUGUCCUCUAACAGUAGUUCCAGACUACAAAACUUAUACAUUCCCAAAUACCGACAAAAUUCAUUUACCUGUCGAGUUAGAAGCUUACCAAACCAACGCGUCCCUAGCCAUUCAGCUCGCACACGCAUGGAUGAGAAUCACCAAACCGACACACAGGAAAAACGGCGUUAAGAAGCACAAAAAUAACGCUCAAAAUGGAAUAUCAGCAGUUUUGGAGCCUGUGGUGAAAUGUGUGACAAAGGAAACUAUGGAUGGGUUGACGUCAUGCAAGUGGCCGGGGAGGUACCACGUAGUGAGUGCUGAGUACGCUGAGUUCUACCUGGACGGGGCGCAUACUAAGGAGUCAAUGGAAAUCUGUGCGCAGUGGUACAGAAAUACUAAUAUAUUACAUGACAAAAUAUUAAUAUUUAGUGCAACAGGCGACAGAGACGCAGAAAUUUUACUACAACCAUUGCGAAACUUAGGUUUCAAUACUGUAUAUUUCGUCAUACCAACCGCCUAUAGACACACAAAUAAAAAUCAAGACAAUUAUUCGAAGGUAGAGGACGAAGAACUUAUAGGCAGGUGUCAAAAACAUGCUGACAUUUGGCGGGAGUUUCAUAGAGGUUAUGAUACAAACGUCACAGUUGCUGGCUGUGUAGUCGAUGCCUUGAUGUGUUUGAAGAAAAAAAACUGGGUCGGUAAACCGUCUGUGUUGAUAACAGGGUCAUUGCAUUUAGUUGGUGCUGCGUUGUCGAUAUUAGAUCCUAAUUUAGUAAGUUAA